ACAAGUGUUGUUGUUUUUAGUGGCGUUUUGUAAAGUUUUGUUGUUAUUAUUUAAAUACUAUAUAUUAUUUCUUGAUUUAGAUAAAAUUAAAUCACUGUGUAUGCACAUACGAAGAAGUGUUUCUGUCUUGAAAAAAAAAAUAGGUUGAAGUGUGUGAUUGUUGUCUAAUCAAAGUUCCAAACAUAAGAAGCAAGUGGUAUAGUAGACUCGACUGGUUAUUCCCUAGCCGUAUUCUAAUUCUAUUUAGAUUAAUCCAUACAAGAUGCGCCGCUUCGAAAUCGCAAAACGACGAAACAACCACCAGGAAAUCGAAAUUGCCGCCAAACCACCUCCAACUAUAAGCCUGGAGAUGGAUGAAACCACUCUCCAUAAACUCCUGUCCGGAGAACCCUUCGACAAAGACGACAUCACAAAAUGUGCAAACAAACUUUUCGAAAAAUACAACUUCGACUUAGAUCGACAAUUCAAGUUAGCAGAAAAAAUCCAGGAUCUGGACAAUCGUUUUGACAAUAUCGAACUUCAGACACACCAGCCCAUCUUCGUAGUUUUUGCUAAAGAGGAAAAUCGUUGGGUUCUAUUUUGCCUAGUGCAAGAAGAAAGCAAAACAAUAAUUUUGUAUAAAGAUCCUUGCGGAGUUUUGGUCUCUUAUAAGCUUGAAAAUAAAAUCAAACAAAUCUUUGAACAAGUGGAGUUUAUUUCGCAGACGAAACAAGACCAACAUGAAGACGAAGAAAGUAGCUACGGCCCACUGACUGUGCGAAAUUUGGAAAUAGUGUUAGGAUCGUUUAAACAAGACCCAGAUAAUUUUGUGAAGAAAUUUAAGGAGAUGGAGUUUUCACAUUCGAGAGACUUGGAUGAUUACAGACUGAAUGAAGUCGUUCAAUUGACAACGAGGUUAUCAAAAAAUGAUGAAUUUAAACGAGAUUUCAAAACGUUCGUCGAUAAUUUACCUCUAGAUCUGAGCCUCGAGAUGAUGGAAUACAACAAUGUUUUAAAAGAAGAAAUUGGUAAGGAGAAAAUAGAUUACGAGAAAAUUUCACGGGUGAGGAAUACUAAUUUGAACAUUGAUAAAAUCAAACAGUUUGAGAAAGAAUGUAAAAAAAUCAUGAAGAAAAAAGAAGGUACACCAACUGAAGACUAUGAAGCAAAAAUUGAGAAAAAAUUUCCUAGGGAAAUGCAGAGAAUGAAUGAUGUUUUCACAAUCCUAGGCAGUCUCACUGUCAACGAACAGUUUUAUACUCUUCUUCACAGCAUUUGUAGAAUUCUAGAUAUCGAUUACGACAAGUUAGAAAAACUGUAUAGACUUAAAAGUAAGAGAGAAGAGAAACCCAUGGAAAAGAAGAAAAAGAAACUUCCCGUAGAAGAUAUUGACGCAAUCGAGAAAAAGACUGGAACACAAAAGAAAAAAGCUGGUGAAGGUGACUGUACACGUUUAAGUAACACAAGAACAGAAACAUCUUUAGAGGAUUUGCUUCAGGAACUUAAUCUAGGAAAGGAUGGAUCGGACGUUCCACAAGAGGCACUUCUAAAACUAAAACGUAAAUAUAACUUGGUUAAAGCAAAAUACAACAGUUGGAUGGCUACUGAUUUAAGAAGUAUAAAAAAAUGGGCAGUUGAUAAAAGAGGUUACUUGGGAAGCGAUGAUGAUGAGAUUUGUGAAACUAUAGCGAUAAUGGAUAGAGUAUUUAAUUUAACGACACCGAACUGGCGAUUCAGGAUUCCCCAAAUACUAACAGUUUUAAUUUUCUUGGAUUCUAAGGAUAAUGGUCGACUUUGUCAAAUUCAAACUGGUGAAGGUAAAACUUUGAUAGUCUCACUGUUAGCAGUUAUCAGAGUACUUCAAGGUUACACCGUUGAUGUUAUUACCAGCAAUUCAGUUCUAGCAACAAAAGAUAAAGAAGAGUGUCAAAACUUUUAUUCAAUUUUUAAUAUAACAGUAGCCACUAAUAAUCCUCUUGACGAUAAGAUAUGUUACGAAGCUGACGUUCUUUAUGGUACUAUCAGUAAUUUUCAAUUUGAUUAUCUACGAGAUACUUUCGAAGGGCAUAAUAUUAGAAGUAACAGGAAGUUUGGACAGGUAAUUUUGGAUGAAGUUGACAGCAUGUUGAUUGACAAUGGGGGCCAUAUUGCUAAACUUGCCACGCCUUAUCCUGGAAUGGAAAGCUUGAGAUACAUCUACAUCAAAAUUUGGCAAGAGCUACAAAACGCGGAAGAAAAUUUUGUUAAAGAAACUGAAACUAAAGCUAAAGAAUUGCUCCAAACUUAUUCGGACGCGGAUGAAGCAAAGCAACAUUUUGAAAAGUUUUUUCAAGAGAUAAACAAAUCUGAAAGAAAAAUUAUCAAGAUGAAAAUCAAAGAAAAUCUGACCGAAAUUUCUUUGACUCCAAAUCAUUUAAAAGAUUACGUUACACGAAAAUUGGACGUUUGGAUCAAGAAUGCCCUCCAUGCUAAGUACAACUGUCACGAACACAGACAAUAUCGAAUAGUUUGUGACGACGGCGAAGAUAUUAUUACGCCGGUUGACUACAUGAAUACCGGGGUAACAAUGAGGAACACAGUUUGGUCAAACGGUUUACAUCAAUUCGUCCAGCUCAAACAUAACUUGCGUCUUACUUUCGAAAGUCUCACUAGCAGUUACAUAUCGAAUAUUGGUUACAUCAAAAAAUAUAAAGAUGAAAAUAUUUUUGGAAUGACAGGCACUCUAGGUUCCUCGGCCGAACAGAAUCUGCUCUCAGAUAUUUACAAUUUGAACUAUGCCAAAAUUUCUCCUUACACGAAAAAAAUUUUCCAAGAGCUUCCGGGAAUAGUCGUUGAUGAUGACGAAUGGUCAAAUUACAUUGUUCUAGAGAUUUUAGAGAAUAUUGACGAAGGAAGAGCCGUUUUAGUCAUUUGUGAAACCGUAGAAGAUCUUCUCGCGGUUGAAGGCACUCUACAAAUUUUUGAAGAAGAUCUGAAAAUCAAAAAAUUUUUGAAUGAAGACAACGCUCAAGAAGCGAAAAAGAAGGUAAAAAUUGGCGACGUAAUCCUCGCUACGAAUAUCGCAGGAAGAGGUACCAAUUUUAAAACGGACGCUUGUUUGGAAAACAACGGUGGUCUUCACGUUUGCGUAGGCUUUCUUCCGUACAAUCUCAGAGUGGAAGAACAAGCUUUCGGAAGAACAUCUCGGCAAGGCAAUGAAGGAACCGCGAGGCUGAUCAUCAGACAAAGUGAGGUUGAUGAGCUUGCAAUAAGCGAAGAAAAACCUGACUUUACUCAAAUUAAAACGGAGAGAGAUCGUUUAGAAAGAGAAAGGUUGCAACAAGUGGAUAAUGUUCUUCUUAAAGAAAUCAUCUUCAAAGACAAAAUUUUUGCCCGGUUUUCUGAGUUUCAACGAGAAUGGAAUAAAGAGAAUAAAGGACGGGCGAAACAGUUUGUGCUCCAGGAUUUGAGAGAGUGCUGGGCUUUCUGGUUAGACAAAAAAAACUAUAAAGCAGACAAUAUCAAAAACGUAACUCCAGAAGAGGAAUUUGAAAACUUUAAAAAUGAAGCUCGACCUAUCAUUGAAGGAGAAAUUUCUCAUAAUCCGUACUACAGUAUCGCUUUAGCUGAAAAUUUUCUGCAAGCAGAUGAUACAAAUGAAGCCUCGAAAAACUUAACGCGUGCGAUUGAGUUAGGUGGAUCCAAUAAAUUACCAGGAGCUUCUUUAAAACUUUUUGAAAUUGCGCUUAUUGAUAAUAACGUUUUUUGGGAAAAACUUAAAAAUGCCAUGCUUAGAUUUAUUUUGCUUGAUUUUGGCGGCACAAAAUUUUACAAAACUAAAGCUAAGGUUCUACUAAAUCGUGCAAAGGACAGCAUCGAGAAGGAAGUAGCACACAUUGACCAACUUCUUAGCACUGAGAACAUUGAUUUCCAAAAAAUUGUAGUUCGAGACAAAAAUAAUCACUUUUUGGAACACAUCUACUCAAGACUUCAUUGUCUAAAAUUACACCAAGAUAACAUAGAAAACCUAUUAAAACAAAUGAAUGAAUAUGCGGGUGUCACCAUCGGUGGAAAAAUAGCCACAACUAUUGAGAAAAUCAAGGAAAUAGAUUCACAAGGAAAUAGUAUUACAAGUCUUGAACUAACAGAACUCCACUUAUCGGGAAUUGAUGUCUUUUAUGAUCUAAAAGAAUAUCGCGAUGUUCCAGAAGAAACUCUUCGCUUAGCACAGGGCCAGCUGGUUGCAGGUUUCGCAGCUCUAGCAGUUGGUAUUGCGUUUCUUCCAAUAUACCCAAUAAUGCAAGCAAUUGCCUCCACACUAAUCUGCGAUGGAAUAAUUGAACUCGUGAUAGCUGUUCUUUCCGAAGACAACGAAUUUAAUCUAAUGGAAUAUAUCAAAGACAAAUUUAUAUCUUAUUCUAUAGAUAUAAUCACAUUUGGAGUUUCUAAAAUUUUUAACUGCAUAAAAGUUAUUAAAGCUGCUCUUAAAUUUGUAAGAAAAACUUCAAAUUUUUUGCGCAGGAGUACCUACUUAAAAAGAGUAUUCUCAAAACUUGCAAAUAAGUUAGAUGAUUUUGAAAAAUUUUUGAAUACGAAGAUUCUUACCAUCAAAUUUAACAAGUUAGACAAAGUUGAUCAGCUCAAGAAACUAAAAAUGUGGAAACAAACUGAUAUAACUAAGUUUCAUCGUUUGAACGGGACUGAGAAGUUACAGGAGUUGCUACAUUUGAAAAAAAUUGGAAUGUUAAAACGGUUUAAAAGAUCAAAGUUGUUAGGAGAGUUUACCAAAAAAGUUUUUCGCAAAGUAGGAAAACGUAUUGUAGGCAUUAUUACGGAAAAAUAUGUUAUUCGGCCUCUGUUUAAUCUCGCUUUUGAAGAAAUUUAUAAUAAAAUUAAAAGAGAUCUUAUAAAUGCAACUGAAAGUAACGCUAACUGUCUUGAAAAAAUUAGAACAACACCACCUGCAGAAAUCACAAAAGUUGUAGAAAAUUUUCUAAAAACAAAUGAACUUCAAGAUGUAUUCGAAAGAUUCAUUACUGGAUUUAUCAAAAAAGCUGAUACCAUCUACAUGGAAUGUUUACUCUUUGCCUAUAACUACACUAAAGGAAAUGUUAUGAUCAUCUAUUUAAAACAAAAUUUUACCACAUAUUUAGAAAGAAGAUUGCAAGGGGGCGAAAAUAACAACGUUGUUGAUCCAUUAAUAGAAACAAUUUGCUCACAGGUUGCCGAUGAUAUUUUUAAUCGGUUUUACGACGUUAUGAAAACAAAUUUCCAGUUUGGAAAAAAGGUUCUUAAAAAAGCUUUAGCAAAGCCAAAAAUAACUGCAAGUGAAAUAGUUCACACUCCUGCGGUAAGCUCUGAGGAAAAUGAUAAAAAAAAAUAUUACACAGUUUUGGGUCUUCAAAUGGAUGCUACUGUAGAGGACGCCGAAAAACAGUACAGGACCUUGACAACACAGCUUCACCCUGACAAAAAUCAAACUGAUCCUGAUGCUACUAAAAAGUUCCAGGCCUUGCAAGAUGCGUAUGAGAAAAUUCUCCCUAAGGAAGAAAUGAGAGAAUAUUAUAAAGAACUAAAUCUCAAAAUGAACGCUAAUUUGAAAGAUGCAAAGAGACAGUAUUGGAAUACGGCCAUGAACGUUCAUCCUAGUCGGCACGGCGAUGAUCCUGAAAUGGCUGAACAAUUUAAAAAGGUGAACACAGCUCAUAAAAAAAUUGUAAAUUACUUAAAGGGAAUUGAAGAAAAUCCAGCAACUACUGUGUUCGUGGUCAAUCCUGAAGGCGAAGUUACUACACAAACAGAAUGAAUUGUUUACAGAAUUUAGUUUACUAUUGCUGUACUACGAUUAACCGCUUUUUUUCGAGGAGAACGUUUCUACAUCUUCUCAGUGAUGAUAUAAAAUUAGAAACCACUUAUGACUAAUUUUUGUACUUUAGAGAUCACAUGUGAUCAGUACCUCAAAUAAGUAUCUACAAUAAUGUAAUAAAUAAAUUUGAUUAUAUGUGUUUCCAAAAUGACUAAAGUCAUGGUUAUUUUGUUCCAAUUGUCAGUUUUUAUUAACAUUCAAAUAUAUUGCCUUUUGGAUUAUUUAUGUUCUUUAAAGUAAUACCAUCCAUUUGACGAAUACUUUCGUCCAGAAAAAAAAGGCUUCUAUAACAGGUCUUUCUUCCUGUCUGUAUUUCUUUUUAUUUCCUGAGCGUAAGCUAUGGAACUAACAGGAACAACCUUAAAUUCCAAAUUAUGUGAAAUUUAAUUCAAUACUUGCCAUUUUCAUGUAUUCUCGACGUUUCAUGACCCAUAAAGCACGGAAAAAGUGAUCUCCCGUUUCCGUUUGUCUAUCUAUCUGUCUGUUUGCCUGUCUGGUGUCUGUCUGGCGUCUGUGUCGAUUUAUAUUAGACACGUAAUCUCCGAAACUACCAUUUUCCCGAAAAUUUGGGAAUACUGUUAUUAAUAUUAAACUGCAUCUAUCAAAACUGAUAUACGUGUCCUUGCAAAAAUGUUGAUGACUUCAUCAUAAAAUUUAUUUGUAAAAAAAGAAACUCACCUAAAACAAAAGCGAAGCAUGCUUCUUUACCUCUACUUUAACGCAGCAUACCUACAUAUCUUUAUUUUGACUUAUAAGGGUUAUUAUAAAAAAUAAAAUUCGCAAAAUCGAAUCUUAUAAUUUUUAGAAAAAGCUCGAUUUGUUCUACUGUACUUCAGGAACGAGGGAAGUUCUGUCGAAAUAACCGUCGACAAUUUUUUUCUCUAAUGGCACGCAGUAAAGUAAAUUACUACAUCGCAUACCUCCUAAUUAAUACCAUCAAAAAGACAUUAAGUACCAACACGCUUACCUACAGAUUGAGACUGGGUGAACACAGUAACACUAAAAUGGGUGCGGUGAUAAUGUUUGCAUUUAGCUAGUCACUUCGUGGGCCCAAUUCCUGUGGAGGCCGGACCUGGGAGUUGGGGAUGAGACCUAUGGGUAUGAUGGUAAAUCAGUCAGCAGAGUUGAAUGGCAGCAGUGAGUACCAAAGUGUCGUCUACGCACAAUUUUGGUGAAUAUCACGUUUUCCUCAUUACAUAUUAGGUUUAUAGUUUUAUUAAGAACAUACCAAUAGCUCCACCACUAUCUUUACCUGAGAAACCCACGUCUGUAGAAUUUUCGAUCGUUGACCUCCAUAUCCAGGACAAACCACCACGAAUUUGGUCAAUCUUUGUGUGUUUUCCCAACACAUUGCGCAUUCUCAGACUAUGCUUGCUUUAACGCAUGACGUAGAGGUCACGUGGUAAUAAUACAAGCAUUUACAUAAAUAUUAUUCUGGAGGGAAACACGCACUCAAAACGCAAUAUAAACCAACCGAUUGGACAACUGUCAUCAUUUUCCAGUUCAAAGGUAUCAAAGGUUUUUGUUCAUCAUGAAGUAUCUGCCAUCAGCCCUCCUAUUUGCCUUGAGCCUGUUCACUUUUGCUACUUGCCUCGACUUUUCCAACCUGUCAACAUGGACAAAAUGGGGCAGAGAAACGCAACUGAUCAUCCAGAAUUUGCGAGUUUCACCUGUAGAAUCUGUGAGUGUAAGGGAUGUGGAUAAACAUGACUUCAUGGAAGGAAAUGGUCCUCGCGAAAAGUUCAAAGGAGUGUCUAUUCCUGCGAAACGUAGUAUAGAACGUACGCUCGAAAUAAAUAAUUUUGCUACUAGGUGCCCCUUUACGAUGGAUUUAACAUUUGCUGAUGGAGUUACGGCCUCGUUUCACAUUAAUAUGAAGUUCGCUCUUGGUGAGGGAGACGCAGAAUUUAGAUAUGGUGGACCUUUUCCUAUGAGUUAUAAAAGAAGUGGAACUUUUCUAAUUGUGGCACUAGGGCCAUAAAAAGGUCUCAUGCGUAACGUAUUUACAUGGAAUAUAUUUUUAACGCUAUGGCUUUGUUACCUUAUACAAUAAACUGCUUCUUGCUGGUGAUUUGCUAAAGUCUGAGUUUUCAUAAAUGUUAAAUUUGUUCCUUUUAUACGUUAUCUGUGACGAAAUAAUUUCUUAUUUGUGAUGUUUUAUUUAUAUGUAUUUUUUAUUUAUGUCGCUCUCUUAU